UGACACAGUGGUGAAGGAGAAGACAUGAGGGAUCCUUCACUGAGGGCCUUGACCUCCAGGCCUAGAGGGGACCUGCGGCUUCAAGAAGGUGAUGCUGACUUUAGAGGACAAGGACAUAAAGGGCUUCACAUGGGCCAUAGCCCCAGCCUUGACCUCACUGGGUUACCUGCUCAUACUGUUGGUCGCCAUCUUCCCCUUCUGGGUUCGCCUUGUGAAUGAAGAGUCCCGUGAAGUGUUUUUCAGUGGCUUGUUUGAGAACUGCUUUCAUAUCAAGUGCUGGAGGCCUCGACCCUUAUCCAUUUACAUCAUCCUUGGCCGAGUUUUUCUGCUGUCUGCAGUCGUCUUGUCUUUCCUCACCACCCUCAUCAUGGUGUCCUUUGCAUCUCAGCUCUUUCCAAGGACCCCGAAGCACAAUUUUGUGUCCGCCUUCUUCAGCUUCCUCACAGGGGCUUGUGCUCUCCUGGCCUUGUUGCUGCAUGCCCUGGAGAUCCAGAGUCUGACGAUGAAGCCCAGCCCUCCCCAGUUCUCCGUGCAGUGGCCUUACUACGUCCUAGGCUUCGGCAUCUUUCUGUUCAUAGUGGCUGGUGCCAUCUGCCUCUUUCAAGAAACAGCCUGCCUUAGGAGCCAUUUAUUACCCAUUUCCCGGAAUACUGAGGAGACUGAAGAGAUCCCGCACCUGGAGAAUCUGCAGAGUUUGGGAGGAGGACCGAGCUCAAUACAAAAGGAGACCCUGCUGAAGGAAGAGACAGUUAUCUAGUCCAGGAGAGUCUGUCCUCUACCCUUCAUUGAGCCGUGUGUUUUCAAUAAAAGAAGGACUACUUUCUGUUAAUCCAUUCCUCAAAAACCUGGUUGGAGGGCAGGAGGGGAGGGAGGAAUAUUAAAAAAUGAUCAAGACGAAAUGAUCUUCAUAAGACAAAAGCUGAACAGAAUGUAACCACAACAGAAGGUGUUGUGUUAGUCAUAUUAAAAGAAAAGGUGAUGUCCCUAUACAAAAGUGUGA